AUGUAUCAACUACCAUCAAUCGAUGAAUUUAAAACUCAAUCACCAAAGGAACAAAAACAAGUAUAUGAUCAUUUAUUUGAACCUUGUGAUUCGGUAACUUGGCUUAUAGAUACUUUUGUAAUACAUCAAAAUUUUAAAACAUAUCCAGAAUUUAUAGAAUUAGUGAGAUCAAGACUAAUACAAACAUUAAAUCAAGCUAGUUUUUUCGAAUCGAGAAAUGGUAAAGAUUGUAAUACAUUAAUUGAAAAUAUCAUAUCAGCACAUCCAAGAUUGGGUGCUCCAAAAGGUACAGCUUUAAGUGAACAUUCAUCAGAAGAACAGAAAAAACUAGAAGGUAUACAAGUUAAAUUACAAGAACUAAAUACAAAAUACGAACAAACAUUUCCUGGAUUAAGAUAUGUUGUAUUUGUAAAUGGUAGAUCUCGUGAUGAAAUAAUAACUAAUAUGGAAGAAAGAAUCAAAAGAAAUAAUAUAGAAAUGGAGAAACUAGAUGCUUUGGAAGCUAUGUGUGAUAUUGCUUUAGAUAGAGCUACUAAAUUGGGAGUGAAAUUAUAA